AUGGCUGUCGAAUGCAAGGAAGCGAUUGCCAACGCACAGCCAGAGGAGCUGGGGGAUAAGUCAAACGCUACGGAGAAAGAUGACAACUCUUCCGUUGGCGAGAUUUUACGCGCAGCGGGCAUUGACCCGGACGACGACGAUCCAACAGAGCCUGUCCUGACGAUGCGAAUGUGGGUGCUGGGAAUUGGAUUUUGCAUUGUUGUCAGCGGUUUGAACACAUUGUAUACUUUGAGAAACCCAUCCAUCACCAUCUCAUCGGCAGUCGUGCUUUUGCUGGCUUAUCCGCUUGGUAAGCUUUGGGAGAAAGUGGUUCCAAGUUGGAACGUUCCGCUUGGUGCGUGGUCGUUCAACCUGAACCCGGGCCCGUUUAAUAAGAAGGAACACAUCCUGGUGUACGUCAUGUCGAAUUUAAGCAUCUACGUUCGUCUCGGCGCAGAUGUCUUGACUGAACAACAAAUGUUCUUCGGCUAUAAGGCUGGGUGGGGAUUCCAGAUCCUCAUGACAAUGGCAGGCUUCUUCGUCGGAUUGUCGCUGGCGGGGAUAUUUCGGUCGCUCGUCGUUUUACCCCAUGAACUUGUGUGGCCAGGACUCCUGGGUACUUCAGCCCUCACAUCUACGCUCCAUGGAUCGAAAGAGAAGGAUGCUCAGGCAAUUGAAAGCUUCGGCUACACGACUUGGAAGAUAUCCCGUUAUGCCUUUUUCAGCUUGGUAUUUUGCAUCUCGUUCUGCUGGUACUGGUUUCCAGAUUUCAUCUUUCCCGCGCUGAGCUACUUCGCUUUCCCAUGCUGGAUCGCACCAAAGAACACAGUUGUCAACCAGCUUUUUGGGAUGAAGAGCGGCAUGGGUCUCUUGCCACUCACGUUCGAUUGGAGUCAAAUAUCCUAUGUGGGAUCUCCACUACUCGUCCCAUCCUGGGCUAUUAUCAAUGUCUUCGGAGCACUAGUGUUCUGGAUCUGGAUCGUCGCCGUUGCUUGCUACUAUACUAAUACAUGGUACUCCGCAUAUCUUCCCUUCCAGAGUUCUUCUGUGUUUGACAACACAGGGAGUACAUACCAGGCUUCCAAGAUCGUGAACAAGGCCUCAAGUUAUCAGUUAGACGUGGCUAAAUAUGAAGCAUACUCACCGGUCUUUAUGCCCGUGACCUAUGCGUUAAAUAUGUUCGGUUUAUCAUUUGCAACCCUAACCUCCCUUGUGGUCUGGAUGUUCCUUGAAAAGCGACAGGAGAUCGGGGAUGCCGUGCGCCGGGUACGGCACAAAUUCUCCAAGGGCAACAUAAAAGAGCUUUUUGCCUCGGACCAUUCGCCGAACGCGGAAGUGCCAAUGUGGUGGUAUCUUUGCACCACAGUCUUGGCGUUGUUUCUCGCGAUCUUUUCUGUAGAAUACUGGGAUGUGGAGCUGCGUUGGUACGGUGCAUUGUUGGCGUGUGCUGUUGCUCUGUUUUUCUUUUCUCCGCUCGCUUUGGUCUAUGCAACAGCGAACCAGAAAAUCAAUAUCGACAUCUUCUGCCGAAUUGUAGCCGGAUUUGUCUUCGAGGGCCGUGUGCUAGCUAACAUCUGGUUCUUCAAUCUCGGAUACGUGACAACCAUCAAGGGUCUUUACUUCUGCCAGGAUAUGAAAUUAGGAAUCUACUUCAACAUCCCGCCACGAAAACUCUUCAUCGCACAAUGCGGAGGCAUUAUAGCCGGCACGUUAAGCAGUGUAUGCGUCCUCAACUGGGGCCUGGGCAACAUCGAAGGCGUCUGCACAACCGACGCAGUGAAUGGAUUCAGCUGUCCAUUCUCCCGAACCCAUUUCAACACGAGUCUGAUCUGGGGUGCGAUCGGACCGCGUCGCUUCUUCAACAACAAGAUCGGAUAUCACUCACUGCUGUACUUCUUUAUCAUCGGUGCCGUGCUUCCCGUGGUGGUGUUCGUCGCUAGACGGCGGUACCCGAAGAACCUCAUCUUACAGAAAAUCCACGUUCCCCUAUUCCUUGGCGGACUGAACUAUCUUCCGCCUGCCACGGGAACGACAUACGGCAGUUGGGCUCUUGUGGGACUGGCCUUUGGGUGGAUUUUGAGAAAGCGUCUGUAUGCCUGGUGGUAUAAGUAUAAUUUCGUCCUGAGUGCUGCCCUGGAUUCCUCUGUUUCCGUCGCUGGGGUUGUUAUCUUCUUUGCUAUCUUUUUCUCUGGGGCUUCGUCGCAUUUCAGUUGGUGGGGAACCCAGGUUUAUAAGGACACAUGUGACUGGAAAGGCUGCUCAUAUCUCCCCAUCCCAGAUAGCGGGAGGUUUGCAUGA